AUGAGCAGUUUGUCGGGGAAGACGUGCUCUGGAUGUCGGGGUUUGGGAGCUCCGGGCAGCAGCGGGGAUGCUGGGUGUGAGAGUCCACCUCAGGGGCUGCAGAGGCUGGGUGCAGUGCCUGGAUGUGACCCGAGCAAAUGUAAUGACAUUCUGCUGCUGAGACCACACCGCAGCAGUGCUUCCAAACAUGUGGUGUUCUUCCAUGGAGAUAUUCAGAACUUCCAGGAGGAGAUGCGGCUGCACUCGGACGCCGCCCCCUGGUCUUGCUGGAGCCUGGAGUGGGCGGCGAGGGUCCUGGGGCGGAGGUUCCCUGACAGUGACGUGUGGGUGGUGCGAGCCUCCAUGAUGUAUCUGCACAAGUUCAGCUGCUACCAGCACUUUGUCCACUGCAACAUGUUCGGAGCUCCAGAACAUUCUGGAUAUGUCGCCGGGAGAGGAGCCUUCUGCCAUCUCAGGUCUCUACUGAGUAACGCCAUGCAGCGUGCCUCUCCGCCUCUCCCUCUCUCACCAGCAGAUGGCGCUGACAGCCCUCUCCCCGCAGACUUCUCCCUGACCCUGGUGGGCUUCAGUAAAGGCUGCGUGGUCCUGAACCAGCUGCUGUACGAGCUCCCAGGGGCUCGGCUCGACCCCCCCAUGUCUGGCUUCGUGCGGCGGAUCUCGGACAUGUUCUGGCUGGACGGGGGGCACCCGGGAGGCAGCGAGACCUGGGUGACGGAGCGGGAGGUGCUGAGGGAGUUGGCCCAGUCCGGGAUAUCGGUGCACGCCCAUGUGACGCCCUACGAGGUGUGCGACCCCAUGAGGGCCUGGGUGGGCCGCGAGCACGAGGCCUUCGUCAAGACUCUGGAGGAGUACGGAGCCUGUCCCAGUAAGAAGCUGCACUUUGAAGACGAACCAGCGUCAAUCGAGAAUCACUUCAGGGUCAUUCAGGAGUUCUAG